GUGGUGGAGCCUCAGUACCGCCAUACCCGCCAAAGCACGAGCACCGUGACAGCCCGCACACAUGUCCGCGGAUUUUUGGGACUAUAACCCCUGGAACAUUUUACUUGCCACUGACUUUUUCCGUGAUCGACUUGGGUCCGUGUCCAGUAUUUGGAUCCCAACAAUACUUACUUAUCCAUUUGUGUGGACACUUUGUUAUUGCCGAUUUGAUUGUUUGUUAGUGGUGAUCGUUGAUGUUUUGUUGGUUUUGCAGCGAAAGACUGGAGUGACGAUCAGUGAAACUGACCAAUUAUGGUGUUCGUUAUGGUGUAAUGGGAUUGACUGUUGUAUGAUGAUCGUGAUUUUGAAACGGAUAUCAAAUUUUAAACAUUUCUGUGUUAAUUUCUUUUAUUAUUGACUUUUGACAAUUGAUUAAUAUUAUAUUGGCGGAUCGUACGAUGUGCAAUUGCCUGCUAUGUGAUUUUCAAGAUUUAAUCAAUCUUGUUUAAGUGACUAGAGAGUUAAGUUUAAAUCCUAAGGAAAACUUCUUGCCGAUCUUCAAAAGAAACAUUCAAAAUCAAUCAAUUUGCAUUGCUUAGAGAAACAAACAAUCAGUGAAAGUCUCCUUAGGAACUUCUAAUAACUUAUAACAAUUCACAAAACGUAUAAACAACAUAUCCAACAUAUCCACCAUUAUCCGACGGGAGGUAACCGUCAUCAAAUCCGUCUCCCAUUCAUCAACAACAUCAAUAAUACGAUGAAAUACAAUUCAUGCAUUAGCAACAAACAUCUAUCUGUGAUCCAAUAAUAAUCAGUCCAAGUAGUUAUACAAGAAAGGAAACGAAUCUUGAUCGAAGAGCGGGAAAGUCUGUUCAGGAUCGACGGACUAUGCAAUCGUGGAUCGAGGGUGGUCGGGCACGGGGUGUCAUACAGGACGAUCUUCCCUGAUCCUGGACGAACAGGCAGCCAGGUCACCCUCUGUGGCGCGGAGCAGCGAGAACAAAAUGCCGGAAAAGGAGGUCGCUUAUCAUCAGGAGGCGUUCUCCCUGUUGCCGCCCCCGCCACCCCCACAUCACCCUCACUCGGCGUUCCACGCGGCUUUUCACCCGCACCCGCACCCACCGCCUCCACCAUUUCAUCCGCACCAUGGACCGCCGCCUCCGCCUCAUCCGGCUGCGGCCGCCGCCGCCGCAUGGGAGCAUCACGCGGCCGCCGCGGCUGCCGCCGCCGCCGCCGCUUUCCACGCUCCACCACCUCAUCCAUUGUCCAGCAGCACGACGGCUAUCGGUACUGCAGCCACCGGUGGCGGUGGCGGAGCGAGUAGCGGUGCGAGUGGCGGAGGUGGCGGUGGCAGUGGGGGCGGAGGUGGCGGGGCAGCCGGCAACGGGACUUCCGGCGGUGAUUUCCUACGCAGAAGUCACCCCCUCUCGGAGCAUACGGCCCUGCAUCCCGCCUACCGGCUCAACUACAUGGACCACCUUUACCACCAGCUUCAGGCCUCCACGCACAGUCCCAACGCCUCGUUACACGGACUGGGUGGUUUGGGGCCCGAGUACCUUUUGCACGCCGCAGGACCAGCGAGCACCCUCGCUUCUUCAGAAUUCCCCUUUUCCAUUGACGUGUCUGCAUCAUCGAGGCUAGGAAGUCCAAGAGCAUCUGCAAUCAGGGCGAGCCGGAAACGGGCGCUAAGCAGUUCUCCAUACUCGGAUCGUUUCGACAUCGACAGCAUGAUCCGAUUCAGUCCAAACAGUUUGGCCUCCAUCGUGAACGGUUCCCGGAGCAGCAGCGCGAGCGGCAGUUACGGCCAUCUUUCCGCCGCAAUGAGCCCAGCUUUGGGAAUGCACCCGGGAAUGGCGCCUCAUUUGCAACAACUUCAGGCGCAUCUUUUGAGGAGUGCAGCGGCCGCAGCGCUUCUACCCCAUGCUCAUCCCCUACAACCCCCUGCACCACCUCCACCACCACCUCAUCCACACCCUCAUGCCCACGGAUUAUCGCCGCAUUCGCAGUUGUACCCAGGCGUGCCACCCCAUUCUACAGCCUCAGCAACCCUUGGACCUCACGGGGGAGGUUUACCGCCCAAAACUGAGAGCGCUGAAUCGUGCAGAAAAGCGUCGGAAUCGACGACCAGGUCGGUGACGGCCGAGGCGGAUACAUCUUCGAGGAGAACUUCAACCAAGGUGAAAAGGGAACCUGCGACGACCACGACGAACGCUACGACGACUACUGCGCCACCGACUCAUCCCCAAGGGCUCAGCCCCAGUGAAGAUCUUCGAGACGAGCCCGGUGACUUUAUCGAGACGAACUGUCACUGGAGAGAUUGUGGUCUUGAAUUUCCAACCCAGGACGAUUUAGUGAAACACAUUAACAAUGAUCACAUACAUGCAAACAAAAAGAGUUUCGUUUGUGGCUGGGAGGAAUGUUCAAGGGAAGAAAAACCAUUCAAGGCACAAUAUAUGUUGGUAGUGCACAUGAGAAGGCACACCGGAGAAAAACCUCAUAAGUGUACAUUUGAGGGAUGUUUCAAGGCAUAUUCACGUUUGGAAAAUCUCAAGACGCAUCUCAGGUCCCACACUGGAGAAAAACCAUAUACUUGUGAAUAUCCUGGUUGCAGCAAAGCAUUUAGUAACGCCAGUGAUCGUGCGAAACAUCAAAAUAGAACUCAUUCCAACGAGAAACCGUAUGUCUGUAAAGCUCCAGGCUGUACGAAGAGGUAUACCGAUCCAUCAUCCCUGAGAAAACACGUAAAGACUGUACAUGGUGCAGAAUUCUACGCCAAUAAAAAGCACAAAGGAGGCGGUGGAGAUGGCGGAGGAAGUGACGAAGCAGGUGCAGGUGGUCACAGUCCUAGCAGAAGCGAGGAUCUUCAUCCGAAGACGCCUAGUUUGUCUAGCCCUAGUGUAAAAUCUGAAAGCGAAGCUAACAGUCCACCUAGCAUGAUGCAACAGCAAGGUAGCCCAUUGGUUGGUGGUUGCAACGAUGAAGUUGCUGGUGUAGGUACAUUAACUGGCGAUGGUGUGGCUCUGGCCGAGGAACCUUGGAAUGAGGAACCUGAUGACUUGGACAUUGCUGAUCUGCCAGUUGCUCUUCGUGCCAUGGUUGGCGGAAUGGAGUCUCAACAACAGCAACAACCUCCUCCUCCGGCCUCAAGGAAUCGUUUGAAAGGCAGAUUAAACGCUAAAGGCAUGCCAAACCUGCCUGUUAGUGUAUCCAGCAUGAGAGGAACACGUGGUAUGGGUCCUCAAGGCAACAUUGGCGAUUUGAAUAGGAGAAUCACUGAUCUAAAAAUGGAGGGUGGCGGUUCUGCUCGUCAAACGAGUCUAUCCGAUCUACAACUCAGGUUACAACCUCUGAGCGAGCCUCGAAGAGACAGCAACAGUACAGUGAGCACUUAUUACGGUAGUAUGAAGUCCACGGAUUUCGGUAGUAGAAGAAGCAGCCAAGCUAGCGGAGUCAGUGCUGUUAGAAUGGGUCAGACUGGACCUGGAAGUUUCUACGAUCCGAUUAGUCCUGGAACUUCAAGAAGGAGUAGUCAGAUGAGCACCACUUCUGGUAGAAUGAAUCCACCCAAUCUUCAAGGACCUUAUUCUACGAGCAAUCUUGUUGUUCAAACUCAGAAUAUGUCUCUCCAAGGAAUCCAGGGUAUACCAGGAGAUUGGAACGGUCCAAGUGGUCAUUGUACGCAAUUAUCCGGUGAUCGUCGUAUGUCAGAACCUACAAGAGGUCAUCAGACUCAAAGAAAUUCGCCGCCUGUACCACCUAGACCAAGAUCAGCUCAACUUCCAGAGCAUCAUCCUAAUCAAGAGGUUAUUCUGGAUGAGGUUGGAGAAGGCGAAAUGGUGGAGAAUAAAUUGGUAAUUCCUGAUGAAAUGAUGCAGUAUUUGAAUCAAGUUCAAGCAGGCGGAACUCAAGUCAAUUGUCGCAGUCCUCUACCUAUUUGUCAAUCACCAAUUUGCACCAAUCCUUUGCAUUAUCAACGUCAAAUACAGCCUACAUGCAACUACAACCAAUCUCAUCAACAAACCUGUUAUCCAUCAUCACAAUCUGCUCAACCUUGCACAAAUUAUCAAAAUACCUCGCCAUCACCUUAUAAUCAAUGCCCUAGCUCUCGACCUCCUCAAUCAAACUCACAAUACUGUCCUCCACCAACUUAUCCAUUGCAACCAAAUGGUGGACAAGUUCUUAGCCCAGCAGCAGGUCAAGUCAUGUCACCAGGAUCUCAUUACGCUCCCAGUCAUAUUAGUGACCAACCUCUAACAUCACCAGCAGCUGGUGCUUUAGCGCCUCAACACCCUCCACAAAAUCUUCCACAAAAUUCUGCUCAACUAACCAGAAAUUGUCCUCAGAACCAUAUGCAUCAUGGUUAUUAUCCUAAUUACAAUUGCCAAGGACAGAUGAACGCAAACUGUACUGGAAAUCCGAAUGGCCAAGUGAAUCAUCAUACGAAUUCUGCAUGUGCUCCACCCAAUCACAACACUAUGACUCAACAACAGUGUGUGCAGAUGCGUUCAGCUGGCAAUUGUCAACAAUUAUCCUCGCAUUGUACCCAACAACCAGUUAUACCCAAUCAGACAACCAUGAGCCAUCCUAAUACACAAUGUGGUCAAGUUGCCAAUCAAUGUACCAGGCCAAUAGUAACACCCAAUGGUCAGAUGCCUAAUUUACACUCUGUACAACAGACCACAGUGCCUAAUCAAUGCGCUCAGAUGUCGCCGCACUGCUCUCAAUUAAAUAUGAAUAAUCAGGCUAAACCAAUUACCAAUAUGACCAAUCUUCAGGGUUGUCAACAACAGGUUCAACAACCAACUACUCCCUGUCUACAAAUGGCCAAUUGUGCUCAUCCCAAUAGCGGUCAUCGACCAAUUACAGACAACACUCUAUCCAAGAGAACGUCACCACAAUUAUGCUCUGCUCAACAAACCAAUUGUAGGAUGCAACAGCAGCAACACACUUGUACACAUAAUUGUCAAGCUCGAACUAAUCCACCGAAUCAUCAAUAUAAUUGUAAUUGUCAAUGGGGUUACGAUCAAUGUUAUCACGAGCAAACUGGUACUGCUAUGCCAGAAAUUCAAUGUAGAGACAUCAGUCAAUCUCAACAAGGAUCUCCCAUAAAACCUCCUCAAGGAAUGAGACAAGAUUCAUAUAGGAGGACAUUGGAAUAUGUGCAACAAUGUAGAAAUUGGUCUGGAAAUGCUCAGACUCAUGAGACAAACGUUUCUAGUUCCACUCAUCCAAUAUCGUUGCCACAGCCAUUGCCAUCUAGUGCCAAUAUGGUAGUAAACGACAUGACCUCGUCUCUAAGCUCGUUGCUCGAGGAAAAUAGAUACUUACAGAUGAUUCAAUGAAUCUAAAUCAUGAUAUAAAUAUAGAAAUAUAUAUAUAUAAAUAUAUUUUCUAUAUAUAAAUAUAUAAAUAUAUUUUCUAUUGCAACUUUUUUAUACUAUCAUUUAAUAAGCGCGAGGAAUAUCGAUUCAAACUUUUGUAUUUUUGAUAAAGACUAGAAGAUUUCUUCUAUCUCUUCGUUUUUCGAAGAAAUGAAAUGUAUUUUGUAUUUGUUGAGCACCAAUCGGCAAUCGAUCACUUAAAUUAAUUAUUAUAUAUAAUAUACUCGUAGAUUAUAAAUUUAUGAAUGGAUGAUAUUCUCGGUGAUUAAUUAAUGAUUAAUUAAUAUCAAUCAAAGUGAUUACAAGAAAGUUCAAAUAUGUUUUUUUUUUUUGCUAAUGUUGUUUGUAGUUUCUUUGUAUAACGAAGUGCCUUAUGGACAAAUUAAGCUAAAAACGCAUGAGUGUGCAAAAUUUUAUUAAUUUAUUAUUUUUGGAUAAUCAUAUUUAAGAUGUUUAUCGUCUGAAAUUCUUUAAAGCGAAAUUUCUAAGAAAUUAUAGAUUUAUAAGACUAUUGAAAGCACUACGCUUAUGCGCGAGAUCUUGUUUGAAUUGAGAGCUUGUUUGAAUAGCACAACAAAAAUAAUAAUAAUAUACAUAUAUUGCGUGAGAAAUUGCGAGAUAUUUUUCUAUAUCUUUGUACGGUAUUUUUAUAUCACUUUUUCAAAACGUGCCAACACAUGUUUUUAUCGUAUCGUAUUAAUUUUACAAUGAGUGGUGUACAACGUGAUACUGACAAUGAUGUA